UUCAAGACUUAAAACUCACACAGUAAACAUCUCCGAGGAUUUCUCUUUCUCUUUCUUUCAUACACAUACACUCAGACGAGGAAGUUAGCAGAUAAAAGGAGAUAAGUCUGGGGAACGAAGAACAUAAUAAUGGAUGUUCAAACCAGAAUAACUUUUCAACUUCAAGUCUGGACUGUCAUACUGCUUCUUAGCACCGUUGCAAAAGAUCUGGCCAUGGAGCUGAAGGUAUCAAGUGAUCACGCAGUGUAUACGUGUCCAGAAGGACUUAAUGUCACCUUCAAAUGCAGCCUCUCUGGACACCUCAGGGACAUGCAUGACGUGCUGGCCAAAUUAUGGUACUUCAGCCACAGCAAGAAUAACACAUGUGCAGAGAAGAUUCAUAUCCGUAACACUUCUUUCAAAGACCACCACACUCAUUAUAAAGGAAAUGGAGUCUAUAUGAAUUCCGACCAUAGGGGAAACUUCUGGGUCAGCCUGACUAGAUUGGUACCAGAGGACAAGGGAACUUACUGCUGCAUUGUGCAUGAGUUGCACAGAUCAUCAAAAAGCAAGCAACACCCAAGGGUCGAGUUAACUGUACAUGGGACCAUGGAGCUCAAGGUUAUACGUGCAAAUGGAACUCAGGUCAUCAAUCAAGAGUGUACUUUUGAAGAUGCUAUUGGAGCAUCAGACUCAGAAGCCAACACAGCUAUCAUCUUGGCCACAAUGGGAUGUGUGAUCACCAUCUUGUCGCUCCCCUUGAUUCUGUUGCUCAUAUACAAACAAAGGAAGGAGACAGUCACCAGGAGAAGAGCCCACGAGCUUGUCCGAUUGGACAGUGAGGCUGUAGGAGUGGAGAAUCCAGUAUUUGAGGAAAUCCCAGUGCAAAAUUCAGAAGUGAAACCAAAAGUACCAACUAUCAGCCGAAUUCAGUCAGAAUCCGAUCGGCACCUUCUCUCUGAGCCCAACACCCCAAUUUCCCCGGAGCCUAUGCAGCGAUUCUUCCCAAUACUGGAACUAGUACCAGACUCUCCAAAGUGAUGCGGGCAUAUGGCUUGGAGCAAAUAAAGUGGUGGCAUGAAUUGUCAGAAUACUAUUGCAAAGGGCUACACAAACAAUGACAUAUAUUCCAUUCAGAACUGGCAGUAAUAGACAGCAAUCAAGCUAAGCUGGAAAGUCAGGACCAAAGCUUUUCGUCCAACUCAAGUUCCAACAGCGAUACGAAUAAAGGAUUACAUAGCGGCACAUUACGUUUUACUAACAGGAAGUUAACGUCUAUAUUUGUGGUAAUGAAUGACAUGAUAAUCAAUUAUUAGUACAUUGAGACACUCAAAGUUUAUUAGUGUACGCAAGAUAAUGUGGUUACAGAAUUUGGCUCAUAAGUGAACGCUGAUUAAUGCAUUUGCCUCUGCAUGGAAUAUCUGUGUAUGUUUUCCUUCAGCCAUUGUUCCUCUCUUUUCAGCCUUCAGAGGGACUCUCAAAACCCUGAGUUCAGCCAGAGGCUGUAGCUUUGAUUCCCAAGGUCUGUGCCUAUCGCAAUUAAUGGACACUGAUUAGUGUGCAAACAGCAAAGCUCACUGCUUGGGCAGUGUUGCUUCAGUUAUGUGAAGAAAAAAAAGCACCUUAAAAAUGACACCAUUGUUCAGACACAACAUUUUUGCGCCUUGUGGCGCAUCUGACGGCAUUUUUUUUGCCAUAUCUUUAGCAUUUGUCUGUUUUUUUUUAAUGAGGCCGAGUUGCUUGCUCGAUGCUCAACCCUGCACAGAUGGAAAAUGAGCAAGCGGCCAGCCGGAUUGAAACCCGGGACCAUUCACUGGUGAUGCCACUACACCAGCAGCUGGCUAGUCAUAACUGUAGCUCCAGGAAAUGUCACAUUUUCCCCAGAUGACUUUUGUAUUAAUGUGCGGCUGAGGAAGCUGCUGUCUCAUCAGGCCAGUAACUCAGAUUCCGUCCUGACCUCCAUGCUGUCCAUCUCAAGCUUUCAGGUUCUCCAUUACCAAGUGGAUUCCCCCCCCCCCCCCCGGGUGCUCUAGUUUCCGAAAAUUAGUGGGACAGGAGGCUAACAGGGCCAUUGUAAAUUGUUCCUAGUGUGUAGUGGGCAGUAGGAUCAGUGGAAGUUGAAGGGAGUACAGAGAGCAUAAAAAAUUGGAUUUGGCAUAAGUUGGUGUUGAUGGUCAGCAGAAAUUCAGUGGGCCAAAUGGUCCAUAUUAUAGUCUCCAUUUUCUCCAGACACAUGGAAUGGUGUUGAGUAGGGAAGAAAAGAGAUGAGAGACUUGGAACCAACACAAGAAAACCCUCAUCUAUUUCUACAGCUGGUGGAGAUUGCAGGAUUUACACUCAAGACCCAGUAUCAGUAGGAGUGCUGGCUUCUCAAUAGCAACAUAGCUGCCUCACAGAUGAAGAACUGUAAAUGGAGCAAAUUGCUGUAACUGCAUGGUAUCCAAAACAAAAAAAAUGCAGGAAGCUUCUCAGUGGGUUGAGCAGCAUUAAUGGGAACAGAAACAAAAUCAACAUUCAAGGUCAAAAUCUCUUCAUCAGAGUCUGAAAAGGGAAAAGCUGUCAUGUUUUAAGUUAUAAACACAAAAGAUACCAUGGAUGCUGGAAAUCCUCAGAUUAACAUGCACAAAAUGCUGGAGGAAUCACCAAGUCAGGCAGCAUCUAUGAACAAGAAUCAACUUUUGUUCUCAGGCCAAAACAUUGACUGUUUAUUCCUUUCAACAGAUACUUUCUAACCUACUGAGUUCCUCCAUUUUGUGUGUGUUACAUGUUUUAAGUAGUAGAAAAGGAGAGGAGUACAGAGGGACUGUCUGUGAUGGGGCACAGAGCCAAGUUGUCGGUUCCUUUGAAGAAAAGACGUGAGCAGGAGUGAAAAAGAACAAACAGAUUCCAAUAGAAAAGCACCACCAUAUCUGUUGCAGACAAAAAUGGGCCAUUACUUGCAAUUGUCAGUCCAAUUCCUUCUCCCACUCCUAUAAUGAUUUCUCUUUCUAUUCUCUUCUACAUUGCUCCAACAAUUCCCAAAGUAAGCUUGAAGAAUGGCACCUUGUCCUCUAUAUGGGUAUUCAUCACUCUUGGGACUUAAUACUGAAUUUUAUCAGGUUACCAAAUGCCUUUUGAUUCUCUCCACAGAUAUGCUUUUAACUUUCUGUUUCAAUUCUGUCAUUCACUGUCAAUUUUUAAAACAAUUGCAACCUUGACAACUUAUCAGAGACUUUAUAUCUGUUCUCUCCAGCUCUUCCCUUCUACCCAGCAAAUCAACAUAGAGUGACCUUGUUUUAUUACCUUUCCAGCUCUGAUCAUGGGUAUCUUGGACUUGAAACAUUAACUGUUUCUGUCCUUGCGUAUGCUGCCUGAUCAACUGAUCAACUGCUUCCAGAUUUGAGUUCUUUUUAGUGACAGACCAUAAGCCUUGAUAAGAGAGUACAGUAUUUUCAAUCCAAUGCCGGCCUCAAUUGAUUGUGCCAUUCUCUGGACUUAAGGUGGUUAGGGCAAACUAUUCAAUGACAAAUCACUUUGAAAAGAAUUCUCAAGUAAAUGUGAUGCAAUUUCCACUUGUCAGGGGCACGUUAGUACAGCAGUUAAGCUGCUAGACUUGCAUCAUGAGUCCUGGGUCAAUGAUCCAGAGAUGUGAGUUCAUAUCUGACAAAAGUAGUUCACGAGUGCAAAUUUACCCAAGUAAGUAAAUAUUCCAUUUACAUAAAAGAUCAUGGGGGGGUGGAAUGUUUCCUUGGUCAAUAACAUUUAAUUUCUAUCUGAUAUGCAUUUAGUCUCCUUGAAUUUGAGAGCAGUAAAUGGGUGAAGUUUAUUAUAGAUAGUUGUUUACAUUUACCUAUUAGAUUAGAUUAGAUUCAACUUUAUUGUCAUUGUGCCGAGUACAGAUACAAAGCCAAUGAAAUGCAAUUAGCAUCUAAACAGAAGUGCAAAAGAAUAAUGUUAUUUACAAAAUAACUG